CGGCGUCUGCCUUAGCUGCGGUUGGCUCGUGUCCAUCAUCUCCUCCUCCCAUAAUCUGAUGCCUCCCAUCCGUUCACCCGGCUGUCCCCAGCUUCGCCAUGGUCGCUCGCCGUCGCCUGAUCUUCUGCUUCCCUAGUGGCAUGUCUCCUUCUAUUCCUGGCGUCCCUCCUGUUCUCGCCGCCAGAUCGUGGAGGAGACAUGACCCGCCGUCCUCAUCCUCCCUCGGCCGUCGGCCUCGGGCCCUUGAGCAAGACCCUCCGUGUCAGGCUCUUCGGUGCCAUGUCCGAUGCGAUCCUCGACGACGCUCUGAACAAAAGAACGCCUUGCACUUGACUACGCCCUCGCGCCCUCACAUCCUCCGCACAGACUUGCACGUGCCGUCGGCAACCUGUCCCGUCUAUCCCCACUCUCUUAUCCCCCCCACUCGGGUCUAUGCCUCCGAUGAUCUGAUAGGGAUGGGAUCGGAAUGCGUUCGAUCGAGAUCUGGGGCGCGUGUCCUUGUCAUGUGUCUGUGUCGUGCGCUCCUGAUCUCUCACCGCGUUUCGUCACAGCCCGCUAUGGCCUUUCCCCCGUCCUCCGUUCUCUUUCUCAUCGUCUCGCCAUCCAGAUCGCCAGCACCCGUGCCCGGGGUCCCUUGUAUGCCCAGGAGAGAGCGAUUUCCCCGAUCCUCAGCGUCACCGGAUCAGCGGGGCGCGCUUGCGCGCCCCAUUCCGGGUCUGAGCGCGGCGGCGUCGCGGAAAGGACAUGGCGCGGGUGGCGUCAAAUGAUACACGGACCGGCGCCGCGGCAUGAUCUGUGCCCCACUUCUCGUGACAGGGCAUGUUGACAAAUGUGAGACGGUCACUCUACUGCUGUAUUAGCCUCCGCUCCAUGACCCCGAGCUGCGCUCUCAAGUCGUUAAGCUCACGCUCAUCAAUCUUCUCUCCCUGACGCUACUGUCGCUGUU